GUUUUAUAUGAUAUGUUUAACAGACCAAAAAUGUAAAAAAAAGCUUGUGUUGCAAUUUGUUUGACGCUAAAUUUUACUUUAAUCGGACUAAUACGCGGUAUUCAGUCACAUACGAACGACAACUACAUUUGGACCACUUAUAGAACAUGAUUUCUUAAAAGUUACGCCCCUUUCUAUCAAUCGCGCCAUUUGCACCCAUUUAUCUUUGUACUUUUUUAACGUUUAAACCAUAUAAUUGCAAUAUAGAUCUAAACAAUGACGCUUUCAAGGGUUCUGACUGUUGUUUCUACUAAUUGGUUACGGGAACAGAUAGGUACCAAUGUUCAGAAAGAAGCUACAAGGAGACUAAGAAUUCUUGAUACAUCAUUUGUGAUGGACAGAUACGCUGAUACUUACAAUGAAGGAUAUAAAAAGGGUCAUAUACCUCAAUCAGUCCAUUUUGACUUGUUCGAAUGUACACCUGAAAUACCUGGUAUCAAAGUAGGAUUUCCUGAUGAAAACUGUUUUACAGAUUAUGUUCAGUCAUUAGGGGUGUGGCCCGACACACAUGUGGUAGCUUAUGAUAGAUAUGGCCCACUGUCUGCAUACAGGACUUGGUGGCAGUUUAGGGUGUUUGGUCACAGAAAUGUAUCAGUGUUAGAUGGGGGACUUAAAAAAUGGCUAGAUGAUGGAUUUGAAGUGUCAGAAGAGGAACCUGAAUAUGAGAGAUCUGAUUUUGUUGCAAAGUUUGACAAAACAUUGUUUCGUAAUUAUGAUGAAGUUCUUGAAAUCUUGAAGUCAAAGAAGGCACAGCUUGUAGAUGCUAGAGCUCUUAGCCAUCCAACUAUAGUAGAUGAGGAGACUGGAGGUGGUUAUAUAGCAGGCUCCAAACAUGUCAGCUUUCCAGAACUAUUCUCAGAAGACGGUACAAUCAAACCAGAUUCAGAACUUAAAGCAAUAUUUGACAGAGCUGGAGUAGAUCUAGGUCAUCCUAUAGUUGCUACAUGUUUCCGAGGUUUUACAGCAUGUGGGGUGGCAGCAGCUGCUCAGAUCCUCGGCAAGGAAAAUGUUCCCGUUUAUGCGGGAUCUUGGGAAGAAUUUAAUUUAAAAGGAUAUAAGGAAUAUAAAGGAAUAGUGCCAAAGAAGACGUAAUCCCAAGUGCUUAUAAUAUAUUACAUGUAUAUCAUGACUAUUUUUAUAAUCAAAAGCUAUUACAGGAAAGUGCUUUAACUGUGUUAAAUUGUCACAUAAGCCACACAGUUACGUUAGUAGUAAAUUUUUGAAUAACUUAAAGAUGUUUGUUUCUUUACAUAUACACAAUUUAUGCAGUAUAUAUUCUUAGUGUAUUGUUUUCAAGAAUAUCCUACGCACAUGAUUUAAAAAAGAUUAUCUAUUAUCAGGAUUAAAAAAAAAAAAAAUCAACAACAAAAGAAACAAAACAAUUGGGCCUGUAAUCUUAGUAUAAGUGUUAACUAGAUAACAUUUGGACAUGUAAGACAUAUUGUUUAUAUGUUGCUUGUCUUGUUGUUUGCAUGCAGCAUAAAUCAUCAUAAGACACAACAUACUCCAAGAUGAGAGUAUUGUUUUUACAUCAUACAAUUAGACCUUAGUUCUAAUGGAGCCUGAUCUUCAAGGUCAAAUUUUCAACACAUUUCAGCAUAGUAUCUUAAGUAUCAAAGAUUGAGGGCAUUUGUAUUUUUUUGCAUCCUUUUUUGAAAAGGUGAUUUGAUCAUUUGAUUUUAUUUAAUUUAAUAUAUUUUAGAUUAAUCCAAACUUCAAAUAUUCUUUUAAGCUAUGAAAGAUUAUUUAAAUCUUGUUAUUAUAUCUUCUACACGGUAACGAUUGUGUAGUUCAUGUAUUAAACAUAUUAGUUUAUAUAUAUUACAUGUCAGUUCAUGUAUUGUAUAUGUAAAUUCAUGUAUUUUCCGUGUUUAGAAUAGGUUUUCACAUUUUUUUUUAAAUGUUUACAUUAUUGGGUAUUCUGGAAAAAAUAUCAGAUUUUAAAAUAUGAAAAUAAUGCGUGAAAUAUGACAUUUACUAGACUGAAAUGAAAAGACAGUUUUAACAUGUGAAAUAAGUUUGAAGGAUUGUUAACACUUAUGCUGAUAGAUUAUGCAUAGUUACUGCAUCAGAAACUGUUUAGUUUCAGUACUUUAAUAUUGAAUAGUUUCAGUACAUUGAUAUUGAACUCCUUCAAAACCCAAAUGGAUUGUUCCAGAUUUUAAACAGGCCAUUACUGUUAAAUGACAGCUCUAAUCACUACUGUUUUGAUAGAUCAAAUUGGAUGAAUAUUUAUAUAUCUGUCACCAACAUUAAGAAUUUAGUCUAUUUUCUUUAGCUUUGCCACAUUCUCCUUCCAACUCUCCGAAAUUUUCGUUUUUACCUCACAUUCCCUUUAUGAUCUGUUCUUGGGCUGUGCAUGUUUGGAUGUCCUAGAUUUCUGGAUAUUAGUGCCAAAGUAUGUAUUUAUCUAUCAUGACUUUUUUAAUUAACAUGCAGUGUUAAUGUGAAAAUGUAAUUGACGGUUGAGAGCAUUUAUAAAUAAAAUAAUGUAAGAUUAUAGUGGAUACAUGUAUAAACAAAAUAGCUCAACACAUGUGGAGAUUGAAACCAAAGAUUUUGUUCCAUUUAAGCAUGUUUAUUUUAUCAUUUUUGCUGUUCAAUCAUGUCUUAUUUUUACAAGGCAUUGUAUGGAAGAUUAUUACUGUAUUGUUGUUUUGUUGUUUUGCAUCAUCUAUUUUAUUGUAUUUUAACAAUCUUUCAUGAUAGAGUAGCUGUUGAUUCAUAUUCAUCUUUGAAUUGAAAUGUUAAAAGGCUGAUUUAUGUGAGAAUAUUGACAAUCUAUUGAAAAGUGUAAGUUAUAGGGUCAAAAUUGAAACUGAAUAUUUAACUGCGCAAUAUAUGUAGCUUUAAAGUGCAUGCAUUUUUGUGUCGCCUCUACGCUACGGAGUAGUGGCGACAUAAAGGGAUCACUUCUCUGUCAUCCGUCUGUCUGUCCGUCUGUCACAAAACUUGUCCUUACUACUCCUCAUAAACUACUGGUGCAAUUUCAUCCAAACUUUACAGGAAUGAUCAGUAUUAAGUCUAGUUGUGCAUAUUGUCAGCAUUUUCCGGUUCAAUGAUUUUUGUAAGAGUUAUGGCCCUUUAAUAAUUUUUAUUUUUAAAGUUUGUUCGGACUACUUCUCGUAUACCACUAAUGCAAUUUCAAUGAAACUUUACAGGAUUAAUCUGUAGCUCAAGUCCUUGCGCAUAUUGCAGGGGUUUUUUGGUUGAAUGAUUUUUGGCCGAGUUUUGGCCCUUUGAUAAAAAGGUGUUUUUUCUGUGUGUUGAAAGAUACACAAAAGCUUGUCCAGACUACUCCUCAUAAAGUACUGGUGCAAUUUCAUCCAAACUUUACAGGAAUGAUCAGUACUAAAUUUAGUUGUGCAUAUUGUCAGCAUUUUAUGGUUCAAUGAUUUUUGUAAGAGUAAUGGCCCUUUAAUAAUUUUUAUUUUUAAUGUUUGUCCGGAAUACAUCUCUUAUAACACGAAUGCAAUUUCAAUGAAACUUAUUAAGAUUUAUCUGUAGCUCAAGUCUUUGUGCAUAUUUCACGGGUUUUCCAGGUGAAUGAUUUUUGGCCGAGUUAUGGCCCUUUGAUAAAAAGGUUUUUUUUUCUGUGUGUUGCCAGAUUCACAAAAGCCUGUCCGGACUACUCCUCAUAAAGUACUGGUGCAAUUUCAUCCAUCUUUACAGUAAUGAUCAGUACCAGGUCUAGUUGUGCAUAUUGUCAGCAUUUUCCGGUUCAAUGAUUUUUGUAAGAGUUAUGGCCCUUUAAUAAUUUUUUUUUUAAGUUUGUCCGGACUACUUCUCUUUUACCACUAAUGCAAUUUCAAUGAAACUUUACAGGAUUGAUCUGUAGCUCAAGUCAUUGUGCAUAUUUCACGGGUUUUCCGGUUGAAUGAUUUUUGGCCGAGUUAUGGCCCUUUGAUAAAAAGGUAUUUUUUUCUGUGUGUUGCCAGAUACACAAAAGCUUGUCCGGACUACUUCUCAUUAUCUACUGGUGCAAUUUUAUCCAAACUUUAUAGGAAUGAUCAGUACCAAGUCUAGACGGUCUGUCUGUCUGUCUGUCCCCACUACUCCUCAUAAACUACUGGGGCAAUUUCAUCCCAACUUUACAGGAAUUUAUGCCGCAACUACUCCGAUCACUUCUCCGUCUGUCACAAAACUUGUCCCAACAUGAAAUUGGCCAUCAUGAGGCGACACAUGUGAUCACUGAUCGCUCUUGUUAUAUUAAUAUAAAUACUAGUAUGAUAAAAAUAUAUUAGAUCAUGUUUUCAUUAGUGUUAGUAGUCAAUAUAUUGAGCAAAUGUUGGGAAAAUUGGCAUAAAAUAUUGAAUUCUUAGGGGAAUCACUGUUCAGUGUUGUUAACUUAAAGCAUUUUUGCAGAUGAAAUUUUACACUUCUUUGUAUGAAUUUUUUUAUUACGGUGCUUUCUAAAAUUUUAUAAUUUAAUUGAAAAUUUGUAUGUUUUAUAAAAAGAUACAAGACAAUUUGGUAAAAAAAUACAAAUGUGUAUUCAAAUAUUCAUGUAAGGAAAACCACGAUCUUUGAGGUGAAUGACAAGAUUCAUAUGUUGAUAAAAAGUUGACACAUUAUGCAAUUAGCCCCAAUAACUUGCCGUAGUAUUUAUUGUUCAUUGCUAAGGAUGUUCGUCCGUUACAAAUAAUGUACAUGUAGUAAAUGUAUAUGGUUUUAUUUUACAACUUUUUCCUAGCAGUCUAAAUUGUGCUUCAAUUUUACACAAAGUUGUCUGAGCUUUCUGACUCUCACUUGAGUUUAUGUCAAUAUAUUACAGUAAUUUAGAAUAUAAUGUAUAAAAUUUCAGAGUAUAAUUAUUUGGUAAAGUGUAUUAAAGGUGAGUUAUACAUUACCUUGUUAAAAAAAAGAAAAGAAAAAUAGAUAUGUAAUCUAGGGCCUUUUAUCUGUGAUAUUUUUAUAAACUGUGGGUUUAAGUUAUCAUGUUGG